UCUUUUCAGAACCAACACUACUCAAAAGAGAUUUUCACAUCGUGUUAACCACAAACGUCACCUAAUUAUCACAAAAUUCCAUUUUCGUAACCGAUCAACUUUUUCGAUACAAGCACACGACCAUCUUUAUCCUCAAUACAAUCAUGGCAGAGGUAAUGUUCGGAGUACAAUCAUCUGAAAACACGGAUACUUCACCGGUACCCUCAAGUCAAUUGGCUGAUAAGGAGGAUGAAGACUGGUACCCAAGGAAGAUUCAGCCCUUGCCACGCUCACUUGUCAUAACCCUCUGCAUUUUGGGUUUAUGGCGACCCAGGAGGGAUGCCACCAGAAAACGGAGGGCAAGUAGUCAAGAAUGGCCAUCAUGCCCCCAGCCAUUAUGCCCCCAGGAAGCAGCACACUUCCAGGCUGGUCGAACCAGGACAAACUCCACCACUGAACUUAUUGGCUACCCACCAAGUGCCACGAACAACAACUACGGAGCGACAGAAACUCUCCAUGGGGUGUCGAGCUGUAGUACAACAACUGUUGAAACCGAUGACAAAUUAGGCUUGGAUCACAUGCACUGCAACAUAUGCAGAGAUGAAUUUGGAAAUGAGCUGAGCCACGAGUCAUCAGCGGCAAAGACCAAGUUCUACCUUGUGCGAAUGUUGAUGCUCCUUUAUCUGGUCAGCAUGUCUGGAUUAAUGCUGUAUGACUUUGUCAUCUACUGUAAGUUCGGCUGGGGUAAACGUGCGAGCACACUACUCCUAGUGUCAUACUUCACCUAUCUCUUCCAGGUCUUUGUGGUUCCAAUAUUUGGUCUGCUAUCGGAACUCAUGACCUUCCUUCAGACGGGGUCAAACUCCAGUGGUAUAUGGGCUGCUCUACAAACGAACUACAUCUUAGAAAGAAUUCAAUACCUCAGAGGGAAUUGUGUCCUAUCCUGUGUGACCUGUGGACUGUUUCUGAUCUGGCCGACAGGUAACGGCGUGUUGAGAAUCAUCUAUGACUAUGUCUAUCGCCCGAAUGGAGAUGCUCAUGCUAAUAUAAGCCUCUGGUGUGCCCUUGUGUCCUACAUCAUGUAUGGCUUCUUUUGCUUUCUCAUUUACAUCGAACGCAAGUCCUUCCAGAGUGAGUUCCGCGUGGUGGCACACUUUGUGGCGAGUAAGGCACCGAAGGGAAUGCUUUUCAUCGACUUGUGUAGGGACCAUUUAUCGGCAGUCUACCAGCGAUUCCGCGUGAUGCGGGAUUUCGUCGGGAUCUGGAUGGCGUUCACAAUGGCUGUAGCGACUUGGGGCAUCACAGCUCACCUCACUUGGAACUAUGUCAUCUUCACAUAUUGUGACGUCAGCCACGACAGUGACAAUGUCGGACUACCUUUACUCAACGUGCUCAUCUGGUCACAGAAAAUCAUGUUCUUUGUUCUGCCUUCACUGGCUGUAGGUGGGUUGAAUAUUGACUAUGUGUGGAGGGAGUUCAGGUAUAUGAUGGUGAGACAUCAACGCCACUGUUACUCCGUCUUCUGGUCUCACAUCAAGACACAUAUGGGGGAUAUCAAUCUCUUCGCUAAAGGGUUGAGGGCUACUCUACUCUUCUCUGCGUUAGGGUUGUUUCUGGGUCUGGAACUGAGCAAUGAAUCGCAGAAUGUAGCCUUUUGGAAUGGACCUGGGGAGUACAACCUGACUGUUUUCUGUACACAUCAGUGAUGUGGAUGGUACGUUAAUUACAAAACUGGUUGGGGUAAGGCUGGGUUGGGGCAAGCCGCUAAUGAUCUGCCGCAAUACUGGUUGGGGCAAGGCUGGGUUGGAGCAAGGCGUUAAUGAUCUGCCACAGUGAGAUAAUCGAGACGUGGUGGUGGCAUAAUGAAUCAGGUUUCCGCGAUCGAAUACUGCUCUCGCAAGAUCGCUGCUCUCGCAAGAUCGCUGCUCUCGUCCAAAGCUGCUGGUUGUGGACUAUCAUGGGACUGUAGUCGUGGGAGCAGUAGUCUCGCAGGGGGCAGCAGUCUCUCGAGAAUACUUCCAGUGUCGCAGGAAUUGCAGGGAGAUUCGGAAUCGCGCAGGGGAGAGAGAGUCAGAAUGCUUUCACCACGGCAGACAUUUAACGACUUGUCCACAAGUGAGUGCAUUCCAGGUAUGGGGAGCCAAAUGAGAGAAGGUGUGACUUGAAGCAGACUUGAGAAGCUUGACAGAGUUAGGUUCCAUGAGUCGCAAGUAGUGUCAAAUGCUGAGCAAAGGCUUGAGCGGCCAGACCGGUGGAGAAACAAGCACAUUCAUACACUUUUAUGCUUAUUUCAAUUUGACACAUCACAAUAAAGAUUGCUGUAUUUUUUUAGAAUAUUUGUUUUUUCUUUUGUUUAAAUGGUAUUGGUAUUUCACAUCAACAAAAAGAGUGCAGCACCAGCACGUAAACUUGGGUGUCACAGAUUCGAUUCCGGCUCUAGUCAAUUUUUGUUUGUUCAACUCAAAAUUUAGUCACCAGUUUCUGUAAAUUACUUGAUAUGCAAACAGAAAGUAAGUUUCAGAUUUCAACAUAACAAAUCAUUAAUUUGUUUUUGUGUGCCAGUUUACACUGAUGUGUAUUUUAAAAGUACUGUAAGUUGAAAAUAAAAAGUAAAAAGUCAACAACCUUUGCCCUGCUGAAGGGAAUGUCUCACCACAAAACCAAGCUAGCCCGGUGGCUAUGCAGUCGUGGCAAGUCUCUGUCAGUGACUAAUUGAGUCCCAACUAUCACAGAUUUGUUAUUUUAUGCACGUGGUGGGAUACACCAUGUGAGAAUACUGGUCUUUGACAAAUAACAAAAGUGUCCAGUGCCUUUAAGUUGGUAGGUUAAGGGUGGAGUUAGGAUGUUAGAAAUUUUGGAAAGGGGUGAAUGUGUGUGAUAUACAUGGAUGUGUAAAUACUUAGUAACUGAAAAGAAAAGAGGUUAAUUUUGAGGCAUUUUGAACACUUUCAAAUCAGCAUUUAUUUGCAAUUAGUAACGUGAUACAAAAAAUUUGAAAUUACUUUAUUAUUUCAUAAGUCAUUUAAAGCAAAGAGACCAAGAGGCACAAAUAAAAUGUCAUAAGUAAA